UUAAAAAAACCUCAGAGCAAUGGACUGUUUUUGGGGUUGUCAAAUUUUUCAGACUAUGGGGGAUUUGGGCAGUUUUCAAAAAUGAAGCGUGCAUCUUGUAAAGCUUCACAGGCUGUAGUUGCUUAGCUUUGACUGAUUGAUGGCUGUUUGGGGGAAGGGUUUGACAAACAAUCAUUUCCAAUUAAAUCAGGUGGAAAAUAGCUAAAAAAAAACAAAAAAAAAAACCUAGCAGUAAAGAGAAAAUGAGCUUGGUACCAAGCUGAACAAAAUGUUAAUAAACUCACAUGACCGAAGUACCAAAAAAAAAAAACAGUCAAACUAUUUGCACUAUUUACAAAAAUUCAAGAAGUCCAAGGUAGGUUACACAGUCUUAAAUCCAAAAGAGAUACUGAGCAGCAGGUGAGUGCAUGUGGUCCACAAAAAGCUAACUUCAGUUACUUCAUAAAUGUCCAACUUCUUUGUACUCAUCCGUUCCCACGGAUGAGUACAAAGAAGCUGGGCAGAAAAGGCAAGACAGGCCAGAACUGAACCUCAAGGCAGAGAAGCGCAAUUAAUCACAAGGUCAAAAAAAACACAAAAAGCCUGAUGUGAAUACCAUGAGAUAAGAGUACAAUCCAGCAUAGGUGGAAAGAGAAGACCAGUCUUUACACAGUAGCAGCAGGUGGUUGGCUUGAGUGGCAGGUAAUGUAAAGCAGGUGUGCAGGAAUGAAGACGACUGGAGAAGAGACAGGGUUCGUCCAGCUUCAGAUUGGCUAGGGUAGGUACACAGACAAACAUACAGGAGGGAAUAAAGGAUAAAAGGGACAGGAGAGACACACAAGGACGAACAUUAACCUAACUCCACAGUCCUAACACAUUUAAUGUGUACAUACACAUUCUUACUUCACUUGAUCAUAGGAAACAGCAAAGAACUAGAUGAUGCAGGUGUGAUAGGUCAGUGUGUCUAGUGGGAUUAGAAACCAGGACUGUAGUACACUGAGGUACAGCACCACAAAAUCAGGGUUUACUACCACAUGCGGAUUCAGCAAUGAGCAGAUGCAGCUUGCUUUUAGUCUCUAAAUUUACUGUCUCUAAAAUUGUGUGUUAGUAUGGUCUCCUGAAUUUAUUUAGUUAAACGCCAUGCCUUACAAAUCUGCCUUACCCAUAUGUCUGCUGUCCUUUAAGGCAUCGUCUACAUUAUGUGUCUUCUAUUUCGUCACUGUAGCCUACUACCUUAGUAUCUUUUUUUUUAUUUUUGUAAACUUUGAAAGAGGGCUUAGUGCGGUUAUUAUUUCCUUUCACAACACAGUAAAAUAUUACACAGCAGCAGUUCUCACAGGAAGUAACAGCUAUCAAGACUGCACUUCAAGCACAGGUUCCAGUGAAAUCAAAUUCAGACACAAAAAACAGGAAACCAUGCAAUACCACCUACUACAGCAUCUAAAUGUCCUGUGAAAAUGCAGAACCACAAGCUGCCACGUAAGAGGUGCAAACUUGACGACGAUGAGGAAAUACCGAGAGCUCCAGAUGUGUUUAUACAUCAGCACAUGGCAGAAGAAAAGACGAAACAACAUCAUGACUGAAAUCGGCAGACACUGUUGACAGAUUUGUAGGCACAGGAUGCAAACCGGAUAUGUUAUGUUUUUGUCGAUUUUUCCCAUCUUUUUGGAGGGAUGCUGUAUGGAAAACCAUCAAAAGAAAAUACCAGCUCCUCGGCAGGAUGUUACAGAGCAACGCUACAGAGUUGUGGAGGGUGAAACCUUAAGGAUAACAUGCCCAGAAUGUGUGAACCCGGUCACGAAGAUGGUUGGGUACAGGACUGGAGAAGGCACAGAAGGAAAUAAAUACCCAUACUUUCGCUGUGGGAUGAACUUAAUAGCUGAAGCAAAACAUUCUGGAAAGUACAUCUUCCCCACAUGCAGCAACUUGACCUUCCAUCUACAGGUGAUCCAGAAAAAGAGUCUGAGACACACCGAUGCCGAGAAGAGCAGUAAAUAUCUGCUUGUGGGUGAAGGUGGGAAGAUUCCCUGCCCGGGCCUCAGUAGUAAUGACAACACAAAUGUGACCUGGUACAAGGGUGACAAACUUGUGUCUCAGCAGCGUAGAGCCUCCUGUGAGGUAAACGGGACGUUAAAUAUCUGUAAAGUCAGAGAAUCUGAUACUGCAGAAUAUUUCUGUGAUCGACAAAUAAUGGAGCAAGGAGUCAAAUGGAUCUUCAGGAGGACUGUUAACGUCACAGUCAUACCUUUUGUUACUCCAAGUUCCUCUCCCAGGAUUAUUUAUCCUCUUGACAACAUGACAGAAGAAGUGGUGCUUGGUCAGUCUCAUACUCUGGAAUGUAAGGUAUAUUUUCCUUUUGAGAUACAUUUUUCACCAGAGGUGGGAUGGUACAUGGACUUCGGUGGCAACAUGCAGAAUAUGUCUACACUACAACAACAGGAGAAAAUAACUCUUCAAGAGUUCAAGGUCACACAAAUGGCCACAAUAAAAGAGGUGACGCAACAACACUUGGACAGCACAUACACCUGCCUCGCCAGAAAUACUGUCGGAACCCGGACUGUCACUGUCAAGCUCAAGGAGAAAAAUAAAGUGAAACUGGUGUCGCCAGUUGAGUAUCGAAUUGCAUCUUUCCUGCUGGUAGCUGGACUGGGAAUUGUUCUGCACGUGAAAUGGCUGGAAUUGCGUCUCAUCUAUAGAUCCCACUUUCAACAUGGAAAACACAGAGGAGAAGAAGAAAAAGAGUUUGAUGCGUUUGUGUCCUAUGUGUGGAGCCCUGCAUCAGCGGAAGUGGGAGGAGUUUUGAAACUUUCCUCUCAAUCAAGACAAACUGAAACUGAUGAGGAAGUGUGUUUAUCCUGCACAGAUCCACUGAACUCUGAGGAGGAUAAAGACAACCAGGGAUCAAUAGAAGUGCUGCUACCCCAAAUGUUAGAGGACCACUGGGGAUAUCGUCUCUGUCUGCUGGAGAGAGAUGUGCUUCCUGGAGGAGCAUAUGCAGAUGAUGUGGUCCUUGCAAUUCAGAGAAGUCAAAUGCUUAUUUGUCUCCUGUCAGCUGAAUACCUGACCAACAACAACGCUGUGUUUGUUCUGGAAUCAGGUGUUCAGGCUUUGCUGCAAAACUCUAUCUCCAAACUCCUGCUCAUAUGGACAGAUGGAACAUCAGCUUCCCAUAUCAAGCCGGACCCCCUCCUGUCCACACUGGUCCACAGGGCCUUGAAGGUGCUACCCAGUCUGGUCUGGACCUCAGGACAACCUGCCAGAGCUACCAACAGCUUCUGGUGGUCCUUGAGGAAAGCCAUGCCCAACGACAGAGUGAAGCUGGUUUCACUCACGUAAGACCAAUGAUUGGCCUGUCUUUUCAGUAACAUGUUUCCUAACGUGAUGUACAGCAUAUUUAUUUUACAACACAGCUUGUAUCAUUUGAAUAAUUGUUUUCAGAUAUAUGAAAAAAGUGAGUCUGUGUCUUG